AUGUCAAUAGUAAACCCACCGAAAAUAUCUUCGCUUUUACUUAAUGAUCCAGUUCUAAUCAAUAAAAGACUAGAUCGAUGGAAAAUUCGCCUCCAAAACCUGACCGAAAUCCAACUGCCCACCGACUAUCCCCGGCCACUACCACCGAGGGUUGUGGAGGCCGUGAAAAUUCUGAAUCUACCAGAGUCCGCCGCACUGGCAGUAUUACAACUCUCACUAGCAUUUCCAUCCGACACUAUUCCUGUUCAUCCGACAAAAUCCUCCACUUUCAACAUAACCACGUCACCAGAAAAUCAGUCGUUUUGUGAACAUCCAUCUCCGUUUACAAUUCUACUAGCCGCUUUCACUUUGUUAUUGUAUCGAUACACGAGUGACGAAGACAUCACCGUCGGAUCGUCAUCCGACACAAGGAAUCCACUUGUGCUGAGAGUAAACGUUAGUCCCACGGAUACUUUUGAACAAGUUGUUCAAAAGGUUCAACAAGUUGAAAGAGAAGCUACAGCAGAUGAGGUUCCAUUUAAUCUACUAUUGUCCUCAUUAUAUUCCGACAGAGGCCAACAAAGUUCAGGUCACAGUCGAAAAGCAUCGCACGCCGACAUCACGCAUCCCCCACUCUUUCGCGUUCGUUUCUUUAAUCAAACUGACAUGCCCGAGGUUCCUGUCUUACAAGCAACUUCUUCAACAACUGAUCUCACCGUGACAAUCACCUCUCAUUCAUCACCGUCAUUGCGUCACGCACUCUUGCCAGCCAUCGAAAUCUGCAUAUCUUACAAUCAAGUGUUAUUUUCCGAGAAACGGAUAUCUCACAUGUUGGAUCAGCUUAUUGCCAUCAUCAACUAUUCAUCUAUACACAAGGAAACGAACGCAUCCGAAAUUCCAAUAUUGACUGACCGAUGCCUUGAUGUUCUUCCAGAUCCACGAGCUGAUUUAAAAUGGACCGAGUUUCGUGGUGCGAUAACGGAUAUCUUUUCGGCCAAUGCUAAAAAGAUACCUGACAACCGAUGCGUGGUAGAAUCGGUGAUGGGUAGUGAUCAGAAAAGGGUAUUCACCUAUCGUCAUAUUAACGAAGCCUCAAAUGUUGUGGCGCAUUACUUGAUUUCGAAUAGAAUUGAGAGAGAGGAUGUGGUGGUGGUGUAUGCUUACCGUGGAGUGGAUCUUGUUGUGGCCGUCAUGGGCGUACUUAAAGCUGGCGCCACAUUCAGCGUUAUUGAUCCUGCUUAUCCACCCGACCGUCAGAAUAUCUAUCUUUCCGUCGCAAAACCGAGAGGUAUGGUUUUCCUCAAACAUGCCGGGACCAUCGAUCCAUCGGUUAACGCGUAUAUUCGUGAGGAACUUGACGUAAAGUGUACGAUACCUAUGUUGGAGAUAUUGGAUGAUGGGUCUCUCAGGGGUGGUAAUGAUGGAUCAGAGGAGGAUGUGUUGAAUAAGGUUCGCGACCGUGCAUCUCAGGAUGUUUGUGUUACAAUCGGUCCGGAUAGUAUUGGCACAUUAAGUUUUACUAGCGGAAGCACCGGAGUUCCGAAAGGUGUGAGAGGGAGACACUUCUCGCUUACACAUUAUUAUCCGUGGAUGUCACAGGAGUUUGGAUUAUCUGAUAAGGACCAUUUCACCAUGCUCAGCGGGAUUGCUCAUGAUCCAAUUCAGCGCGACAUUUUUACUCCGUUGUUUCUUGGUGCUGAAUUGCACAUCCCGACUAGUGAAGAUAUCGGGAUACCGGGAAGAUUGGCGAAUUGGAUGGCCGAAAAUCAGAUAACUGUCACUCAUUUGACACCAGCCAUGGGGCAAUUACUCUCGGCGAACGCGAAUACUCCGAUACCCUCACUUCGCAAUGCAUUCUUCGUUGGCGACCUUCUCACAAAACGCGAUUGUGGCAGACUUCAACGUCUCGCCUCCAACACGUGUAUCAUCAACAUGUAUGGAACAACGGAAACUCAACGAUCAGUGUCAUACUUUGCCAUUCCGCCCUUGUCAUCCGCGCCCGCGUUCCUGAAUUCGCAAAAAGAUGUUAUACCCGCUGGAAAGGGCAUGCAAAAUGUUCAAUUGUUAGUGGUGAAUAGGAAAAAUAAAAAUCUGUUGUGCGGAAUCGGAGAAAUUGGUGAAAUUUAUGUGAGAGCUGGAGGAUUGGCAGAAGGUUAUUUAAGACUUGAAGAUGUCACGAGAGAAAAGUUCCUGAGUAAUUGGUUUACCAAUGAGGUUACUCCAGAACCAGGGCAUCAUGAAGAAGGGAACAAGGAGUGGAGAGAGUUUUGGAAAGGGAAGAGAGACCGGUUAUAUAAGACCGGAGAUCUGGGAAGGUAUCAACCGGAUGGAAAUGUCGAGUGUGCCGGAAGAGCCGAUGAUCAAGUGAAAAUACGUGGAUUCCGUAUAGAACUUGGUGAAAUAGACACUUACCUCUCCCAACAUCGGCUUAUCAGGGAGAACGUUACGUUAGUACGAAGGGACAAGUAUGAAGAGCAAACGCUUGUCACUUAUUUUGUGCCGGCCGAGGGCGAUGAGCUGGAAGAAUUAAUGAGUUCUGCGGAUGAAAACGAGGAUGAGGAGACGACACUCGGUAAAAGGAGAUAUCGUAAACUUAUCAAACAGAUAAAGGAUUAUUUGAAACAGAGGUUACCGAGUUACAGCAUUCCAUCUGUAUUUGUUCCAUUGAAAAAGAUGCCAUUAACACCAAACGGCAAGAUCGACAAACCCUCAUUGCCUUUCCCCGACACCGCGAUGUCAUCCAAAACCGUGUCCGAUGUCAACACGCUAAAAUUAACAGCAGUCGAACAGACGGUGCACGACAUUUGGUCAAAUCUACUUCCUAAUCCGCCAAAACCUUACAUCCCGUUAGAUGACAAUUUCUUUGAUCUCGGAGGGCACUCAAUAUUGGCAACAAGAUUAAUUUUCGAACUUCGUAAAGCUAGUGGCGUGGAUAUACCUUUGGGGAUGGUCUUCGAGAAACCGACAAUUCGCGGUCAGGCCAAGGAGAUUGAUUAUAUAAUGAAGGGAGAAUUGAAUAUCGCGGGAGACGAAUUAAAUGCUGAUAUGCUCCCAGACAAAAAAGCUGCGGUCAAAGGGUUAAACGAUAUAAAGGCUGAACUUAAUUAUGCGAGCGAUGUCGAAAUAUUAGCUUCCGAGUAUCUUUUGGAAAGCUAUACUCCUUUACCCGAGAGUCAUAAAAGAAAAGUUAUCUUCGUCACAGGUGUCACCGGAUUUCUCGGAGCCUUUAUUUUGUCGACCCUGUUGCAUUCUGAUAAUGAGAUAAAGGUGAUUGCGCAUGUUAGAGCUCAGACGAAAGAAUCAGCAAUGGAAAGGGUGAAAAAGAGUUGUAUGUCUCAUUUGGUGUGGGAGGAGGAAUGGAUUGUCGAGGGCAGAUUGGAAGUUGUUUGCGGUGAUUUAGAGAAAGAUAGGUUGGGUGUUGACGAGGAAGAGUGGAAUGCGUUGGCAGAACGUGUCGAUGUGGUUAUACAUAAUGGAGCAUUGGUACAUUGGGUGUAUCCAUAUUAUAAACUCAAGGCCGCUAAUGUUCUGGGAACUCUAUGGGCCAUGAGACUCGCGUCUACUCAUCACACAAAACCUUUCAAUUUCGUUAGUUCCACGUCGGUUCUUGAUACCGAACAUUACAUCUCACUAAGCGAUUCUAUAAUUGAAAAGGAUGGAAGAGGAAUAGGGGAGGACGAUGAUUUAGAAGGUGGCAGAUACGAUUUAAGAAGUGGGUACGGCCAGAGCAAGUGGGUUUCAGAGAAAUUGAUAUUUGAAGCGCGGAAAAGAGGUUUACCAGCUUCCAUUAUAAGGCCCGGAUAUAUUGUUGGGCACUCUAGAACUGGUGUCACGAAUACCGAUGACUUCAUUUGGCGCUUGCUGAAGGGUUGCAUUCAGCUGAAGCUUGUGCCCACCAUUCACAAUACAAUAAAUAUGUGUCCGGUAGAUUAUGUUUCUGAAUGCGUUGUCCGGGUUUCUCUUUCAUCCGUUGCUCCUUCCAAAGGCGUCUUCCAUGUGACCCACUCCGCUAAUACCUCCUUCAGAUUUGACGACCUGUUCAAAUCUUUACCACUUUAUGGAUAUGUUGUUUCAAAAACGGAAUACAUAAUUUGGCGUAAUAGAUUGAUGGAGUUUACUUUGAAAUCGCGAGAUAAUGCGUUGUACCCACUUCUACAUUUUGUGCUGGAUGAUUUACCAACUAGCACCAAGGCCCCACAAUUGGAUAAUAAGAACACUAUAGAGGUGGUUGGACUGGAAUGUGAGGCGAUUGACGAAAAGUUGAUAGGAUUGUAUUUGGCAUAUUUGGUGAAGGUGGGUUUCUUGGAUGAACCAGCUCUCAAGAGCAAUUCAGGAAGCGAAGGAAUCCUAGGAUAUGAGAGAAUUUUAGAUUUACCUGACGUUUCGGUUUCGGAAGGGGCUCAAGUUUUGAAGAGAAGCGGAAGGGAUUAG